AUUGCUGUAACUUGUCCGACAGCUCAGGAGAAGAAGUAUGCAGACCUCAUUGGAGUAAUGCCACCGGUUGUAAACAAAGUGUGAGUCAAACCUGAACAGUGGAAGAAACGUGUUGUGUUGGUCAUUUUGCCACACAGGUCAGUAUCUUCACUCCGGUCACUGUAGAGAACUUACUCCUUAAACAGACUGCGCCGCAGGUGAACAGGUGACAGGAUGGUGCAGCUGCAUGUGAAGCGUGGAGAUGAAAGCCAGUUUCUUUUCAACACCACAGUGGACGCGCCUCUGGAGACGGUGAUCCAGCAAAUUACAGCCAUUUACAACGGGAGGCUCAAAGUGGACAGAUUGUGUUCAGAGAUCCCAGAGCUUGCAGACCAUGGCAUUGCACUGCCACCCAACAUGCAGGGGCUGACAGAGGAGCAGAUUGUGGAGCUGAAUCUGAAGGAUGAAUGGGAAGAUAAGUGCGUUCCCAGUGGAGGGCCAGCAUUCCGAAAGGAUGAGAUUGGGAGGAGAAACGGACAAGCUCCAAAUGAUAAAAUGAAAGAGGUGUUGACGCGAACAGUGGAGGAGGCGAAAGCACUGAUCUCCAAAAAACAAGCUCAAGCUAACAUUUGUGUCACUAUGGAGAUGGUGAAAGAAGCACUGGAUCAGCUAAGGGGUGCAGUCAUGAUUGUAUACCCAAUGGGACUUCCUCCUCAUGACCCCAUCAGGAUGGAGUUUGAGGAUGAGGAAGAUCUUUCUGGAACACAGGCCUCUCUGCAGGUGAUCACUGAGGACGAAUGCCAGCUUUGGUGGGCUGCCAAAGAGAUGCAGAGGGGGAAAAAAUUGCAGGACUACAUUGGCAAAAAUGAAAAGACAAAGCUUGUGGUCAAAAUCCAAAAGAAAGGACAGGGGGCACCAGCGAGAGAGCCUUUGAUCACAGAUGAGCAGCAGAAACAGAUGAUGAUGCAUUACCACAGAAGGCAGGAGGAGCUCAAGAAACUUGAGGAGGCAGAUGAUGAUAGCUACCUGGAUUCAGAGUGGUCAGACAGACAGGCGCUCAAAAAGCAGUUCCAAGGCCUCACAAAUAUCAAAUGGGGACCAAGAUGAAGGCCAGUCACACUCACAAUACCCACUGGUGCUGCUUAUGUAGCAGCUCUAUAUGCAGCUGGCCAAGAUGCCUUAUCACAACCCUAAAAUCAGCCUCCAGUUGUUGUUAUUUGAGGUCUUACCAAUGAAUAUUAUAUGUACAGCUGAUGUGAUGCUAUUGCUGGAAGUAGAUGUAUUUAUAGACUAACACCUGCCAUACACUUAAACUGAGCUGCAUAUAUAUAUAUAUAUAUAUAUAUAUAUAUAUAUAUAUAUAUAUAUAUAUAUAUAUGAAAGAACAGAUGAUAUGUCAUAAAGGUUGAUAUCUUUAUAAACCAGAUUUAUUUGAAACAAAAUCCGAUCCCAAUGUUGCUUAUCUGUUUGACUCAUUUUUAUUGAAGCUGCGCAAACAAAAUGUUUUUUUAAAAAAAAGUAUUAUCUGUACAUUUUUACUGUGUGUAAAAAGAAAAAUAAAACUCGACAAUUUCCAGUGUAACCUCUA